CAGUUAGUCGCGAAUCGUAUGAUGCUUCGGGUGAGUCUGCUACUGUGGUUGCUGCUGCUGCUGCUGCCAGCUCUAGUUGUGGUCAUGGAAAUGUCCAAAGUGUUGGUGCAUGAAUCGAUACCGGACCCGGAUCGCGACAAGUACAUUUGGAACCCGUUUCCGGGCUUCUGUGGCCCCAAUGCCACCAUGGUGCACUGUGGCGGCGUCUGCCCCGAGACCUGCCUCUUCCAAUCGCUUUCGUGCCCCACCCACUGCGGUGUGCCCUGCCAAUGCAAGCCCGGCUACGUGUUCGCGGAGUCUCAACUGCUGUGCAUUCUACGCAGCGACUGUUCCCCGCACGACCAACAGCAAAAAGUGGCCACACAUCGCGUGUUUCAAUAGAAAGGAGGAGGGAGUCCCUAACGAGCUGCACAGAGUGCUCCUGUGACCUGCAAGCGAUGAGUGAUGCUUGACGAUGGGUGGGUGGAUUUAUGGU